AAGAUUGUCUUCUCAGAUCCAUGCAACGGGUGACUGUCGACGUCAAGACAUCUUCUACUACAGUAAGAUGGAGAAAAUGAUUCUGGGACUUGAACGAAAAAUUGAAAAUUGUGCAUCGAAGGAGAGAGUUAAACUUGAGGAAGUAGUUGAAGAUUUCCAAAGUCAGUGUUACGGAUUAUGUGGAGUGGAUAAUUUAGCACUGCAAAAGACAUGUGGACAAAGUUCUGUAAAUGGCAAAUAUAGCUGUGAAAAGGCACUCGACGGGAUUAAGGAUAAUUUCAUGCACACAAAAGAUGGAUACAACAAUCAUGGUGUUUACUUCGGCGAAGCUUACCCGUAUUGGUGGGUGGAUUUGGGUAAAAACUGCAAAGUCAAGCGAGUCAAAAUAUACAACAGAACACAUUGUUGUGGUGAAAGACUUCAUGACUUGGAAAUUACCAUAGGAAAGACCUUGUCGAACAUGAAGUUUUAUGCUCGUUUUACGGGACCAGCUUCACCUGGGCAGGUUUUAAAUAUGAACUGCAAAAUACCAACAGCAGCACGAUACGUCAAGCUGAUGAUAAUGGACAGGAGUGUGCAUAAUUGGCUUCAUGUUUCGGAAGUUGAAGUAUUUGCUGACUAAAUAAAAAGAAUAUGACACCGAA